AUGGGUGUGCAAGAUCCCGUGGGAUUUUGGGACCCCCUCGGUCUCAGCGCGGACAAGGACCAGGCCACCUUCAAGCGCCGCCGUGCCGUGGAGAUCAAGCACGGCCGCAUCGCCAUGUAUGCGACCAUUGGCUAUAUUGUCCCGGAAUACUUCCGCUUCCCAGGCUUCUUGUCCCCAUCCCUGGGCUUGAAGUUCUCCGACAUGCCGAAUGGCCUCGCUGCGCUCUCCAAGCUGCCCGUGCUUGGCGGUGCACAAAUCAUCGCUUUCGCUGGGCUGAUCGAAACCACAGGAUUCUUCCAGGCGGCUUCCACAACUGAUGGCCGUGGUCCUCGGGAGGGCCAGUUCUCCAUGAAGGACUCCACCGAGACCGGCGAGCCGGGAAACUACGGCGUGGGCUUCCCGACUUUCCUGGGCAAGGUGGAGGACCCUGAGGAGCGCAAAAAAAAGCUCGCUGCCGAGCUGGCCAACGGACGGCUGGCGAUGAUGGCCAUCAUCGGCAUGUUCUUCCAGGACGGACUCACUGGCUCCGCUUGGGGAGACUGGAGCCUGUACACAGCCUCGCCUUUGAGGGCUGAGCCCGUCUCGGCGGCUGCGGCGGCGGCGGCAGCUGCGAAGGCAGCGGCAGCCGCGAAGGGCGCCACUGCAACCACUUCGGCUGUGGCCGGCACAGCCGGUGCGGGCUCUUUGUCGAAAGGCGAGGGCGUGGUUGGCAAGAAGGGCCCUAGCCCGACUUUCGACCCCUCCACGCAGAUCGGCGCCAUGGACCCGCUUGGCUUCUUUGAUCCGGCUGGGUUUAGCAAGAAGGGCGACGAGGACGGCUUCCGCACCUUGCGUGCUGCCGAGAUCAAGCACGGCCGUGUUGCCAUGAUGGCAGCCUUGGGCGCCGUGGUUCAGCACUACGUCAAGUUCCCGGGCUUUGACUCCGUGCCCAGCGGGCUUGCAGCGUCCAUCACCGCGCCAGGCAGCUACGGCUUCGUGGCGCUCUUUGCGGUGGCAGGUAUCUUGGAGCUCGGCGCCUGGACCGAGAGCCCCGACAAGGAGCCGGGCAACUUCGGCGAUCCGGCCGGCCUGAACCAGUACACCCAGGAAAUGAGGGAGCGGGAGAUUAACAACGGCAGAUUCGCGAUGUUUGCGGCCAUCGGCAUCAUCGCUGCAGAGCUGUACACGGGCAAGGAUGCCAUCGAGCAGUUCGGCCUGUGA